UGUUCGAGGAGAAAGUGACUGAGACUAAAGUGACUUUUUUGACUGAAAGUUUUGAUCAUGACAUAAUGGAUCCUACGGUUGCUGAAUUGGUCGAGCGAUGGAGCUCGCUGUACAAAGAGGGCCGGUUCUCCGCCCUCAAUGUACGAGAGUAUUGGCGUGUGAAAGUCCCGGAAAUAUACUCACCACAGCCAAAUUGGAAUUGCCUCAGGAUCACUUUCGAUGAGGAGUUGGCGCAAAAGAUGCUAUUUGACCCCCUUGAGAGGUUCAUGUGUGGUGGUGAUCCAUCUCAAGUUUACCAGAUGGUACGGCAACUAGACACCCCUCCUUCUCUGUGCGGUAGAGUUUUUAAGAAUGGAGAUCCCACAUACGGGUGCAGAGACUGCGGCAUGGAUCCCACAUGUGUUCUUUGCGCUGAUUGUUUCAAGAAUUCAGCUCAUAGUAAACAUAGGUACAAGAUCAGUACAUCUUCAGGCGGAGGAUACUGUGACUGUGGUGACCGAGAAGCGUGGAAGAGUGAUGUAUUCUGUGAUAUUCACAUUAAGGGUCAAAUGGCCGAGCAGUCUAAAAAUCCUUUAGAAAUGAUCCCUCCUGAUUUGAUUGAAAGAAUCCAUUUGAUAUUUGACUGCAUUUUGCCUUAUGCUAAGGAAUUGCUUACCUAUGAGGAAGGCUUCUCAAUACCGAAGGAUCUGGAAAUCAGGGAACAGGAUAGAGAGCCUACCAAUCUCUCAAGCUUGUAUGAUAGCAAAGACACAUUUGUCACAAUGUUGUAUAACGAUGAGACACAUACCUAUGAUCAGGUUAUCAACACACUUGAGCGUGCCAUCGAUUGCUCACAGAAAGAUGCAGUAGCUUUUGCAACAAGUAUUGACAGAGAAGGUCGCUGUAUUGUGAGAUGUUCAUCCUUCCAACAGUGCUCUCAAACAAAGAAUGUGAUGGAAAAACAAACCUCAAGAGGAAGUGGACGGCCACUGAGAGUGCAGGUGAUGCCAACAUAUGUCAUAGCACACCAGAUAUUUGCAUCCAGACUGUUGACUUGGCUCCACAACAUCCUUGAAUCAGCUCAGGCUUUCAGGUUGAUCUUCAGUGAGAUUGUUAAUAGGGAUGGAGGAAGCAUUGUUGAAAAUAUUAUCUGGACUGACACUAAGAUGUGGAAGACGGCACGUGUGCAGUGGCAUAGACUAUUCAUCUCUGGCAUGUUGAUGGACCAAGAAAGCAAGAAAAUGUUUGCUCGAACAUUCACCAAAAACUACAGCAGAAUGAUGAAAGACUUCAUUCUGGAUGAUCAUGAUCAUGCAGUCUCUGUGGCCUCCUUGGGUGUGCAGUUGUUCACUAUGCCCACCAUUGCUCACAUGUUGGUAGCAGAGGAGGAUGUGCUAGCUCGCUUGCUGAACACUUUCUUGUCAGAGUGUGAUAAGAAGCUGAAAGACAACAAAUUGGCUCUUGAACAAAGAAGCUCAAACACCUUGUCUUUCCGUCGCAUACAAUAUAUUUUGUAUGACCUCAAAUAUUUGUUGGGAGUAAAGCCAGAGGUGUGGACUCGUGAGCUCCGUUGUGGUUUUCUACAUGGCUAUAACCUCCUGCUCCGCCUUCUAAGUAUGAUGCAGGGCAUGGAUCCAAUGGUUCGACAAGUAGGCACACACAUGGAAUAUGAGCCAGAAUGGGAAUCAGCCUUUAAUCUUCACAUAAAGUUAGCUGCUGUCAUUCCUCUUGUUAUAGAAUGGGCAGCAUCAGAUCGCAUUGUACUUAUCAAGGCUUACAGACUGCUAAUGAAGUCCCUGGCUGAACUAUGCACUGAAGAUAUGAAGAGGAGAUAUGUCAGAGAGUUGCUGGACUACUCUGUGUCCUGCAUUGAGUAUGAUGUCUCCUCGGCACCAGUGUCUAUCCACCUCCCCCUCUCGCGGCUGGUGGCAGGCCUCACACUCCACCUAGACAAGUAUGGCCUGAACUACAACUCCCCUGAGUUCUUGGUGAAGGGAAAGCCUUCCCCCGAGGAGCUUAUGGAGCCAGUGUUGAGGACUCAGGUCAUGAUUGCACAGGUCCAUGCUGGGAUGUGGCGCAGAAAUGGCUUCUCCCUCAUCAACCAGAUCUACUUCUACCACAAUGUGAGGUGCAGGCAAGAGAUGCUGGAUCGUGAUGUGAUGCUGCUGCAGAUUGCUGCCACGUUGAUUGACUCUAAUGAGUUUUUGGUGCACCUUCUGAACCGUUUCAACCUUAUAAGUUGGGCACAGGAGGAUUAUGAAAUGCAGUAUCUUAGGGGUAAUGAUGAGGACAACAUGAGACAAACAGUUGUCCUGGUUGAGGAGUACCUGCAGCUGGUGAUGACCAUUGUGUCGGAGCGCUACACCCCUGGAAUCGGCCAGAUUGGCGAGGAGGAGAGAAUCAAAAAGGAAAUCAUCCAACUUUUGAGCAUAGAGCCCAUGCCACACUCGGUACUUAACAAGGCUCUGCCUGAGGGAACCAACCACGAGACUGGCAUGGAGAAGGUGAUUGACAGUGUAGCUGAUUUUAAGAAAUCAUCUGGUGCAACCAAGGGCUUCUAUGAAUUAAAGAAGUCCUACUACUCUCACUACAAUCUCUUCUUCUACCACUACACUCGGGAAGAACAGAGCAAGUCUGAGGUGGCACAGAGAGCAAGAAAGAAGACUGCUGGUGAGGAGGAGUGCUGUCCACCACCUGUCCCUCCUGCAUUUACUGUACCUUUCACCAUGAUUGUCAACAUCCUCCAGUGUGAUGUUUUCCUUCAUAUCCUGAAGACUGUUCUGAAGAGAAUGAUGGAUCUGAAAUCCCAGAGUGUUAGUGAGUCACAGCUACAGAAGGUCCUUCACCUGGUGGGAUAUGCACUUCAUGAAGAGGAGCGCUACUACCACAACAACGACCCCUACUUCCACUUCACACGAAGGGCCCAGAAGAUUAACCUGCUUGGUUUGCUUGAGGGUCUUGUGGGACACCCCAGAACCACCACACAUAAAGACCUCCUGGCAUGGACAAUCAGAAAGUACCACAGUGUGCUGAGUCUGUCAGCGUCUUCAAGCAAAGAGGCUCAAACAUCAGAGGCAGUGAUGGCUUCUACCUCUACCUCAGUCGCAGCUUCUGCUAGCUCCGAAAAGAAACGAAGGUCUGACAUUGCUGCACAGAGAAAGGCUCGCAUUAUGAUGAAGAUGGCAUCCAUGCAACAAAACUUCAUCAAGACCAAUGAAACGCUUUUCCAGGAAACCUCUUCAACAGAGCAGACAAAUGAUGUUGUUGAACCAACACCAAUGGACCUCACAGAACAGCUACCGGAGGACAUGAUAGCUAUUGGUCCUCGCCAGACCCUAGUGCAACCCCAGGAAGUUAGCCACACCUGUAUCCUGUGCCACCAAGAGGACCAGGUUGGCCGUGGUGAAGGCUCAACAGGCAGAGCCAUGGUGCUGGGGGCGCUUGUCCAGAGAUCGACAGUACUCUCUCGCAACAGAUCCCGGCGCUUGGAUCAGCCAGACAACCAUGACCCACUCUUGCUCCCGGCUGACCUCUAUUGGGGUGCGCACACAUCCUCCUGUGGUCACACCAUGCACGCUCACUGCUGGCAGGAGUACUUUGAUGACGUGGUCAAGAAGGAGAGGAGGAAACCCUAUCGGUUCAGACAGAAUCUGAGCUUUGACAUCGAUAAAUCUGAAUACCUCUGCCCUCUGUGUGAGGCUCUUUGCAACACGGCCCUCCCCCUCCUUCCUAGUGUGACAACGACGGCAGUCAACCUGCGCAACCAGGAUCCCCCAUCUGCCACACCCACCAUCUCCCUCACAGACUGGAUCAAGGGUCUACAGACUAUUCUCAAGCAUAAGACUGUGGUGAUGUCAGGGUCUCAGCCCGAAGAGGGAGAAGGCAGUAGCUCCCACGAAGACCUUGACAUGGAUGCUUCCCCGCUCCUAGGUGUGGUUACAACCUCAGGUGCCGUGGUUACCCAUGGCACCUCGAGCUUGCCAGCCAUGUCAAGCCCAGUGGGGGCUGGUGGGGGGACCUCCAUACUGGUCAGUUUGGCUCAGCUGCCAUGCUCUUAAGGCAGCAGCAGAUAGAGGGUGACGGGGGACAGAGAGGGCGAUCCCUAAAGUGGUCCAGGCUGCAGCUCUACAAGAAACAUAAAAAGAUAUAGAAAAAGAAAAAUUUUGAGAGAGACUAAGACAGAAAAGAGAAAAUGAUGUUUAUUUUCUUCCACACAAGAAAAAGAAAAAAAGAGAUUAUGGAAAGGUUUCCUAUAAUUUUUGAGUGCUUGAAUGACAGUAGUACAGUAGAAAUUGCCUUUCUUACAAUUAUUUUUUCUCACAAUCUUGCUUAUUGUUUAUAUGAAAACUUAUUAGUUACACAUACAGAAAAAAGAUGAGCCUCCAGCUCCUCAAAAGACACUAUAGAAAAUAAGUCAUUGUGUGUGCGUGUGUGUAUAUAUAUAGUUUAUCUUGAGCUACUCUACUAAUAAACUUGUUUUAACUUAGAUGUUUGUCAGGAUCUUUAAAUUUCUUAAAAUUAUAGAAUUUAGUUACAGGUGUGAAAAACAUAGAAUGAAUUAUCUUCAACGGAAUUCUAAGUGCUAUUUAAGUUGUCAUAGCAAAAAUUUAUGAGUAAAGAUGUAAUAGAAAAAAAAAGUGAUAUAUUACAGAAACAUAAAUGUGAGCCAUGAAAGUAUAGAUGAAAAUAAACAGAAUGAUUCUUCCUUGAGGGUAAGCUAGAACUGUUGAAGGAAUCAGAAGAAAGAAAGAAAAAAAAAUGCAGUGCUAAAAUGCCCAGAUUAUAUGAUUGGAUGCCAGUGAAAAAAAUUAUUAGUCUGCUGAUCCUAACCACAGCCCCUGUCAUGCCUGUAUCAUUUUGACCUGCCUGGAGUGCUUGUUACACAGUCCUCCAAAAGGGAUUUAGCUUUAAUAACAUUUUUGUCCA